GAUAGUAUAUGAUAUAAUAUUAUUAUCUAUAAUACUUUGAAAAUAUUUUCGAUAUUCUAAAUUCUAAUUUCACAUUUUAAUUUUUCGCGAUUCAGGGUUCGGACAUUCAGCAUAGACUACAGACUGACUGAAGUGUACAGUUAUUAUUUUAUUUUUCUUUAAUUAUUUCAUUGUUGGUUCAUGGUUUUAUUUAACAAAAAAAAUGGCAUUUAUCAUCAAUGCUUUUCAAAGAUGUAAGGCUCUGGCUAAAUUUCAAACGCCAGUGAACAAAACGUGUUUGGGUGUGCUUCCUUGUGAUCAACAAAUUCGUAAUAAAUGGCCAGACUUUAGAAUGAAAAAAGAUGCACGGAAAAGAAACACUCUUAAAGAAUAUGGUGUAUACAAACUGCGCUAUAAUGCACUUCGUAAGAACAAUAUCAUUCCUUUAGAAAUUCAAGAAAUUGCUGACAAAGAAAUUUACAAUUGUCCAAGGGACGCUAGUAUAACUAGAAUUGUACAGCGUUGUCAGGUGACUUCUCGUCCUCGUGGUAAUGUCAAACGAUGGCGUUUGAGUCGAAUAGUGUUCAGACAUCUUGCUGAUUAUAACAAAUUAGCAGGUGUUCAAAGGGCAAUGUGGUAAAAUCAAAACGAAAAAGAUUGCUGAUGUAUAGUCUUGUUUAAUCAACAAAUUAAUUAAAAUAAUUUAUAUUAUACUUGGAA